AUGACAGAGGUGCUCCGUGGAACUCUCAACAACUACACGCUGUAUGUCUUCCAGCCUGAGAUCAAUGGCUUUAUCACUCCCAUCUUUAUCGCCGACUCAGCUGCCUCAGGAUCGCCCGUUGCCAAUCCGCUCGUCCUCUCGGACACUGCCCCGGGCUACCACUUCAUGCAGAUCCCCUUUCCGGCUGCCAUUGCCCUCAUGGAGGGCGUGCUGGAGUUUGCCUACACCACUCAGAAUGCUACCUACUACCAGUGCCUCGACGUGUCUGUGGUCGAUCCACCGUCGCCGGCUCCGCCUGCCGGCGAUGACAUCGUCGCCCUGGGCAUGACCGUCAUCCCCUUCUCGCUCUCCGCCAUUGCCGCAGGCAUCGUUGUCUCGUCGCCGGCUCCGGGCGCCCCGCGCCGGACCCGGGUCCACAAGCGAACCAAGACCCGGGUCAUCGACGGCCCCGACGGCACCAAAAUCAUCAAGAAGAUCAUCGAGGUCGUCGAGUCGUCUGACGAAUGGGGCACCGCCUCGAGCUCGGCUCUCAACGACGGCUCGGCGUCCGACUCGGGCGGGACCGAUGCCGCCCACACCUCGCUCUCGCAGCGCCGCUCCCGCCUCCGCGCCUCGCGGUCCAAUGGCCUCUCGUCAACCAUGAUGGACGCCGAGACCAGAGCCAUGGCCACCUCACGCUACGGCGGCUCGUCCGAGGUCGGCGACUCGGACGUGCCAUCGUACGACUAUGAAGAGUACGAGCGCGCGCCGCCGCACCACACCCGGGUGUAG